AUGCUACAACUUGCGCUGUUUUUGUGGCUAAUUGUCAUAGAACAAACGUUAGCCUCCUACUGUGGUCAAGCAGCGAUCCCAUUCACCUUUCAAGUUCUUCAUAGCGGCCAGCCUGUGCUAGGCUGCGCUCGACCCAAAUGUUUUGGUUGGAAUGCUGACGGCACUAGAGCUGGUGAUGCAGCCCAGUUCUAUAGAAUUGACGGAAAGGAGGAUGGCUAUCUUCGACGAUCCGAUCAGCUUAUUCGCACUCCAUUUCGUGACACGCAAAUGAUACCACAAGUGGCGAAAUGCGAGGAGAAAUUCACCAGUCAAGGAUGUGCCCGCGGUCAAUGGCUAGGAGGUAUAGCCCCUCGUAAUUUGGCAAAUGGAGUCCAGAAAUUACAGGUUCGGUGUUGUUCAUACGCUCCUCUCCUUGAAUCUGAAGACAGAGGGGUGGCAAUUGUUUCAAAUGGACAGCUUGUAGUUGGCGGUGAGGUACUGAACGGUGAUGAACUUAGUGGUUUUGAUUACAUCUCAGACAUAACCGCAGAGACCUCAGAACAGGGAAACACGGUCUACGCUGUAUCCAUACGACGAAUGCAAUGUAGAGAUAUCGACUAUGAAACCGUCCAAGUUGAGAAAGCCUCGAUAUCACUGAAUGCCGUUGACACUGUUAAUCAUGAUGGGCAGGCUUCCAGCAGGAACACCAAGAAGACGCGAAUUACUCCUCAGCAACCUGUCAGAAAUGCUGCUAUUCUUAAUACAGAUGCUCCAGCUCAGUACGAUAGGAACUUACUGCAGAUCUAUGGCAUGACAGAAGUUCCAACAUCCCGGUACAAUCCGCCCCCAGGAACGAUAGGUUCUGUAGCAUUUCCGAGUCAGCAAACACUAAACGCAAAUCCUCCUUUACAACAGUCAUCGGCUACAACUCAACACUAUGUACCAGUACAAAAUUUGCGAACUCCACUUAUGGGAUCUUAUUCUGCUUCAUAUUAUAAUCGGAUUCCAGCGCCUACUCAGGCAGUGCAACCUCAGCCAUUUGGAAUGGUAAACAAUGCUCCCCCAUCUGGAGCACCUUCUGAAGUAGCAUUCAUGCAGCAUCCAACGCAGCGUUUACCUCAGCCUCAUGAACAGCCUUCUGAGCAGGGCGCUGAUCCAAUCGCUUCUACUCCAUUCCAGACAAUUCCACCCCUAACGUUUCCCACGCUUGAUCAAAUCCCAAAAAUUGAUAUUCCCUCCGUUGAAGACGUCGAGAGCGUCAUUCCUCCUGUGCAAAAGGCGAUCCUCACGACAGUUGCAAGGUUUUUCGGAGUACUGUGAAAGAA